CGUGCGGCUGGAGGUGACCUCCUGCCGAAUCAGAGACGCCCGUAACCCUAGCCGGGUGCCCACGGGAAGGCAGCGCGGCCCCGGCAGGGGCGGAUCGGGUUGCGGCCCAAGUUUUCCACCUGAGACUCAGUGGCACAGAGGAAGGAGGCAGGACCUGCCGUCAGGGGAAGAGCCCGCCGGCCGCGGAGGGGGUCAGGGACGCAGACACCAGCCGCGGCCCCAACCCCAGGCCGGCCCAGCGGAGCCGAACACCGGAGCACUCCAUCAAAGGCCCAUUGUCUCCCGCAUCAACCCCCUCGCUUGUGUCCGCGCAAGCCCCACCGUUGGCUGCCGAGGGCUCGGAGCCCAUUGAAAUCCAGGCGAGCUCUGUAAUCGUAGCUGGCCCUCACUAACCCCGGCUGCAGCGCGGAAGCCCGUGUGUUUCCUGGCCUGCAUCCCCAGCCCGCCGGAGCGGGAGAGGUCAGCCGGAGCGGCCGCGCAGGGGCCAGACGUCCAGACGAGGUUGGCAUUCCAGGCUGCAGGUUAGAUGAAGGCAAGCGAGGCUGCGCCCGGCGGAGAGGGACCAGGAACUGGGGCAGCGGCAAGUCAGUGCGGCUUGGCCUGAGGCCCUUGGCUCUAAUCCAGGUCUGCCUGGGGCCGGCUGCGCGUGGGAGCGAGUGUGCGAGCACGAACCCACCGGUGUCCUCAGCAGGGCUGGGAGAACCGCGACUUGCGCCCCACUCCCCGGGAACCAACAGAAGAUGCCAACCAACGGGAUCCACCAGGUCUUGAAGAUCCAAUUUGGCUUGAUCAACUGCCAGAACCGCUACCUGACGGCUGAGAGCUUUGGCUACAAGGUCAACGCCUCGGCGCCCAGCCUGAAGAGGAAGCAGAUCUGGACCCUGGAGCAGGAUGAGGCCGACAGCUCCGUGGUCUUCCUGAGAAGCCACCUGGGCAGGUACCUGGCCGCUGACAAGGACGGGAAGGUGUCAUGUGAAGCCGAGAAGCCAGGCAGAGACGGGCGCUUCACUAUUGUCACCCAGUCAGAUGGGCGCUGGGCACUGCAGUCUCAGCCCUACAAGCGCUUCUUUGGGGGCUCGGAAGACAGGCUGUCCUGCUUCGCCCAGGCCGUCACCGAGGCCGAGCUGUGGACCGUCCACCUGGCCAUCCACCCGCAGGCCAACCUGCUGAGCAUCAGCCGGAGGCGGUACGCACACCUGAGCGCCUUGGAGGACGAGAUCUCCACCGACAGCAACAUCCCCUGGGGUGUGGACGCGCUCAUCACCCUCACCUUCCAGAACCAGCGGUACUGCCUGCGGGCCUGCGACAACCGCUACCUGCAGAACGACGGCGCCCUGGUGCCGGAGCCCAGCCCGCGCACCGGCUACACCCUGGAGUUCAAGGCAGGGAAGCUGGCUUUCAAGGACUGCAACGGGAAGUACCUGGCGCCCAUGGGGCCCACGGGCACCCUGAAGGCCGGGAGGAGCUCCAAGCCGGGCAAGGACGAACUCUUUGAUCUGGAGGAGAGCCACCCGCAAGUGGUUUUCCUGGCGUCCAAUGGCCGAUACGUCUCCAUCCGGCAAGGUGUCAACGUCUCGGCCAACCAGGACGAGGAGAUGACCCACGAGACCUUCCAGAUGCAAAUUGACAGAGAGACCAAGAAGUGCGUCUUCCAUUCCAACGCGGGCAGCUCCUGGACCCUGGUGUCGCACGGGGGCAUCCAAGUCACUGCCACCAACGUUGCCGCCAACAACAUGUUUGACAUCGAGUGGCGCGGCCGGCGGGUGGCCCUCAAGGCCAGCAACGGCAAGUACAUCUGCGCCAAGAAGAACGGGCAGCUGGCCGCGGUUAGCGACUCCGUUGGGGAAGACGAGGAGUUCAUCCUCAAGCUGAUUAACCGGCCCAUCCUGGUGCUGCGGGGCGACCACGGCUUCGUCUGCUGCCACCGCGGCUCCAACCUGCUGGAUGCCAACCGGGCCACCUACGACGUCUUCCAGCUGCUCUUCAGCGACGGGGCCUACCACAUCCGGGGCCUGGGCGGCAAGUUCUGGUACGUCGCCAGCAGCGGUGCCAUCUGCAGCGACGGGGAGAUGUCCGAGGAUUUCUUCUUCGAGUUCCGGGAGCGCGGGCGCGUGGCCGUCCGGGGGAAGAAUGGCAAAUACCUGCGCGGGGACACAGCCGGCACCCUGCGUGCCGAUGCCGACUCCCUGCCCCGUGCCACGCUCUGGGAGUACUGAGCCCGGCCCCCACCCCUAGCACAUAGACCCCUAGGACCCGCGCCCGCUAAGCCAGCUCGGCACGCGCCCAGAGACCCCUGCUGGGCUCUCACUUGCUGCGGGGCAGGGACGGGCACAAGGGGGCAUGCCCCCCCCCCCCCCGCCGGGCAGCUGUGUUGGGGUGGGCUGGUGGGAGGGGCUUGUGGGCUUGCAA